AUGAUAACCAUCGGGUCAACAUCUUUUCUUCUGAGGGCAGGUUCAAGACAGAGAUUGGACCAGGGGGCCUUGAGGUCCCAAAGAAGUGGCCACAGAACCGAUGGUGACAGGUUAUGGAACUUAACCUUCUGGGCCAGUGGCAAGCUGGUUGGCCAUUUCGGAGGCCAUGGAGCCACUAACCACUACUAUGCAGUACCUGUGGCCCAGGUGGUAAAGAGUCUGCCUGCAAUGCAGUUUAGACCUGGGUUCAAUCCCUGGGUUGGGAAGAUCCCCUGGAGAAGAGAAUGGAAACCCAUUCUAGUCUUCUUGCCUGGAGAAUUCUAUGGACAGAGGAGCCUGGCUAUAGUCCAUGGCAUCGCAAAGAGUCAGACACAAUUGAGCGACUAA